CAAAAAAUAGAGUCCGUCGCGCAGUUCACGUCCAAUGUCGUGAUUAUAUUGCUGUUACUUUUCGUUGUUUUCAUCUGAGAAACUUCAAAUAGCUCUUUGCCAGCGCAGUGUGAUAAGCUCGAUGUGAUCGAAUAGAGCACGGGAAAUGCUAAAAGCUUGGAAAAAGAAUAUAGAAUCUAUAGCUUCACUGUAGUCAGCGCACAGUGUGUGUGUGUUUUUGCCUGAGCCUGUGUAGGAGACCGAAUAACUGGACAUUCCGAAUUUGCGCAGUUCCAGCCAAUCCUAACGGGCUUUCCAGUUCGCAUUACUGAAUUGCGGAGUUACGAUAUUACGUACUUAAGGAAAUAUCAUGGCUCGCGACACUCAAGGAACCCAGGGAACCCAAAGCCAGGCCUCCAAUAUCUGGACCCAAGUGGAGAGCCAACCGAUGGAGAAGAUCGUCUGGGGCCGUUUGUACGGCAAGAAUAUCAAAAUCAAAUCGCUGGGUACGAGCUCAAAAUACCGAAUUCUUUAUACGCAUUCGUCCUUUUCUGUUGAUCUCAACAAUGACGAGUUCAGCGCUGGACGAGGGGAGGCCAACGAUUUGAUCCUCACGCUCAACGAUUUGCCCGAGAAAAUCCUGACACGCAUUUCCAAAGUGCAUUUUAUCAUCAAGCGGGCAAAUUGCGAGCUCUCCAAUCCAGUUUACAUACACGAUCUCUCACGCAACGGGACGUUUGUGAAUAAUGAAAAAAUUGGAACAAACAGGAAGCGAAUCUUGAAGAACGACGAUGUAAUUUCCCUGUCCCACCCCACUUAUAAAGCCUUUGUAUUCAAGGAUCUCAGCCCGAAUGAGGCUAUCGGCCUUCCCGAGGAGAUUAACAAAACGUAUUAUGUAAAUCGCAAACUCGGCUCGGGGGCGUAUGGAUUGGUGCGACUGGUCUAUGACACCCGCACCUGCCAGCAGUUUGCGAUGAAAAUCGUGAAGAAAAACAUGCUGUCUGGCAGUGCGCGGCCCAGCACAAAUUUCAGUGAUCCCGAUAGAGUCCUAAACGAGGCCAAGAUAAUGAAGAAUCUUACCCAUCCGUGCGUGGUUCGAAUGCACGACAUCGUGGACAAACCGGACUCGGUAUACAUGGUGCUGGAGUUUAUGCGGGGUGGUGACUUACUCAACAGGAUUAUCAGCAACAAGCUGCUCAGCGAGGAAACAUCAAAGCUAUACUUUUACCAAAUGUGCCAUGCCGUCAAGUACCUACACGACCGAGGCAUCACCCAUCGCGACCUGAAGCCAGACAAUGUCUUGCUUGAGACCAACGACGAGGAGACUCUGCUAAAAGUCUCAGAUUUCGGGCUGAGCAAGUUCGUCCAGAAGGACUCGGUGAUGCGGACACUGUGUGGCACUCCCCUCUACGUGGCCCCUGAGGUUCUAAUAACCGGCGGCCGAGAGGCCUACACCAGAAAAGUAGACAUCUGGAGCCUGGGAGUGGUGCUCUUCACUUGUCUGAGUGGCACGCUGCCCUUUUCAGACGAGUACGGAACACCGGCGGCCCAGCAAAUAAAGAAGGGCCGGUUCGCUUACGGACACCCUGCUUGGAAGGGUGUCUCGCAACGCGCCAAGCUGCUGAUCAACCAAAUGCUCAUUGUGGAUCCCGAAAAGAGACCCUCAAUCGAUGACGUCCUGCAGUGCAGCUGGCUGCGGGAUACGCAAAUGCUGCAGAAGGCAAAGAGGCUGAUGAAGCUCGAUGGCAUGGAGAUCGAGGAGGAGAACAACUUUCUCGAACCGCCCACCAAGCGAUCACGACGCUAGCUACCAUUUCUUAAUUUCUAUCGUUAAUACUGCCUAGGGGUGGAGGCGUGAAAAGGUUUUAAUUUUCUGGAAAAAUUAAGCGACAACAUUUUUCCCAAAUCGCCGACACCGCAGCACCCGAGUGUAUUGGCAAAACAAAUGUAUUUUUUGCGGUUGUUUAUUUUUACGUGUUGUCUAGUGUAAGUUUCAUCAACCAAGCCCAAAUAGUCCUGUUAAACUGCAUUUAUUACUGGGCCUUUGCACUCACAAUUAUUUUAAGCUUCUUAUCGCCCUGAAUUCAGCCAUUCCGUUGGAAUAUAGUUUCGAUAUAUUACCAGUAAUUGUUAAGAAACUAAAAGUGUUAUCUGUAAGAACUUUAUUUGACUCUUCAACGAACCAUUAAGCUUUUUGAAAUAAAGCAACUGAAUUUGUUUAAGUAA